GUGCGUGUGCUGUGCCAUCUUCAGCUCAACUAGCUGCCAUUCGUUUAUUACUCCCCGUGCAACUUGAAACCUAACCCGCUUCACGUCAUGCGUCCCUCUAGUUUCUCGCGCCUGGCAGCAGCUACUGCCGUGGUGGCCGUGGCCGUGGCAGACUCCCUACAUCAGCGAAACGUCGACAGCUCGUCAUCAGUCGAAGGACUCAACUGCAACGCCCCCCGGAACGCUCCCCCUCUCGGUCAAGUCAUCACCACCUGCCGUAGCCCAGGCCAGGUAGCGCUGACCUACGACGACGGGCCUUACAUCCACACCUCCUCCCUCCUCGACCACCUCGACGACCUCAACGUGACGGCAACCUUCUUCCUCGUCGGCUCCAACUGGGGCCGCCAGAUGGACGAGGACGAGUGGGCCUCGAUCGUCCGCCGCAUGCACGCCGCCGGCCACCAGCUCGCCUCGCACACCUGGGACCACGAGGACCUGAACCUCCUGGACAGGGCCGGCCGGGCACAGCAGAUGCGCCGCAACGGCGACGUCUUCCGCAACAUCCUCGGCUUCGCCCCGCGCUACAUGCGGCCCCCGUUCUUGUCGUGCGGCGAGUCCUGCGUGGCCGACCUGUCCGACAUGGGCUACUACGUCGUCGACACCGACCUCGACACCAACGACUGGCAGCACAAUACCCCCGAGACCGUCCACAUCAGCGAGCGCAUCUUCGACGACCUCCUCGGCUGGGAGCCGAGGGGGGUUAGCCGCAUCGUGCUCGCCCACGACACCCAGAGCACCACUGUGCAUAGACUCACGAGCCAUAUGAUCUCGACGCUGCGAGGCAGGGGCUUCGAGGCUGUGACGGUGGGCGAGUGUCUUGGUGAUCCAAAGAACAACUGGUACUGGUACUAGGGGCCUUUUCCAAUUUUUCUUUUUCUUUUUUUCUUCUUCUUCCUUCUUCUUCCCCACCUCACUUUUUUCAUCGUCUCGUCCUGUUCGGCUUCUUUUGACUUCCACUUCACUUUUGACACUGCACUUGGGAAAACGUCUUGAUGAAGAUACGACACGAUGACUCUUCGCAUAAUGGCAGCCUCGAUCAUCUAGGACCGAUCCAAU